GGUGACUCUGGAAGGGAUGAGUGGGUGGGAGUCAGGAGAGAUGUGAGCCUCGUGCCAGGAAGACCAUACUAAGGCCACCAGGUUGAGAGCCGCCUGGCUGGGGGGCUUGUCCGGGGACAGCAGGGGCAGAGGCAUGGAGGUUCACAGCCAGGAAAUCGUGCAGUGAACCCAUCCCCUCCGGUCACGUCAACAUCAAGAGCUGAACUGGGACUAGAAGUCAUCGCCCCAGAGCUUUUUGCUACCAGAACUGCCGGGUGAAAAUCUUUGGAAGAGAAGUUUGAGAACCUGUUAAACAAGCUCUCCAGGUAAUUCUGUGCACGUUCAGUCUGAGAACUGCUGCAUCUGAAGAGUUUUUAAAAAAGAUGAGUCAUGAUCCUCUAAAUGGAUUUCAUAAUCUCCUGGAGGUUCCAACUCAUAGUUUGAAAAACACUGUACUGUACUGUGACAGGCGGCGAAUCCAGAGGAACACAUGGCUUAUUUCCCUGACUGCUUUUACUUUUCCUGUGUGUGGGUGGGAAUCUUGUACUCGUUCAUCCUGGCAGUACCUGAGUGAGAAAUAAGGAAGCUAAGUACCCUGCCCAACGGCACGCAACUACCAGUGGUCAAGCUCGGACACAGUCACUUCUGGGUGGCCCCCAGGUCCAGGGUCUCACAGUCCAGCAGCAUAGAAGCCGUUCCAGCUUCUGUUGUCCUGGAAGACGCAAAGGCAUCCAGAAGAGAGGCACAUGAUCUGCAGGAAAGACUCCGCCGUAGUGGUUCAGCGCAGGUUUACCAAAGGUUGUUCACCUGGGAUGGACUGUGAACCCCCCCCCCCCCCCAGGAACUGUGGCACAAGCAGAAGUCAACCAGGGUGAAAUGCAGCUUUGCACUCUGACAUUUGCCCCUUAAAAACCUGGAGCCUGGUAGAGUUAGGGGUGGAAAGCAAGUUUUCCAUCAGCAGAGGAGCAUCUUCCAUAGCUCCCAGAAGGAUCAGUUAAAAGUGUCAGUCCGAUGGCUUCCUUCGGGUUUUGUGAACCUCAGCGGCUUCACCUGCCCUUUGCCUUUAACCAGCCAGUGGGGCCCUGCACGAGGCGCCCGGGGAGGUGGUGCAUGCACAGCAUCCUUAGUAAGCCUGGAGGCGGGUAUGCUUUCUGGCAGCAGCUUUCUUCCUGGCUUUCUUGUGGAAUUGUCCUCCUUACCAAGAUGCUUCUGCCAGGGUAAGAGGAAGGCCAGUGAGUGCUUGGGAAGGAAGCUGGCAGUAACUUCCAACAAACCUUGCCCCACUGUAACUUCUCAGAAGGGUGAUGUGACCAGCUGCAAAUACCAAAUGGAAAGAGAUUUUGCCUAGAGAGUUUUCAGGAGGGCCUGAUGAACCUGAAAACCUUCCCUGAAUGCAGUGUACCUUCCAUUCCAUACAAUAACCAUUGAAGGGCUUCAUCUUAAUUAACUCACAUGGACAUUUCUAAUUGUGGAAGAAAAUACUGCCUCCCCUCACCAGCACAGGGAAUCUACUAGAGGGCCCUGCCUCCACUUCCAUCAAACAAGGGAAGAAAAUGCUCUUCAUGAGGUCACUGUUAACUGAGCCAGCAUAGGGAGGCUCAGCAGAUUUGAACAUGGAAUUCAAUCCUUCAGAUCAUCCUCGGGCCAGCACAAUAUUCCUCAGUAAAUCUCAGACAGACGUGAGAGAAAAACGCAAGAGUCUCUUCAUUAACCAUCAUCCUCCAGGACAAAUAGCAAGGAAAUACAGUUCCUGCUCCACCAUUUUCCUAGAUGAUAGCACAGUCAGUCAACCAAACCUCAAGUAUACAAUUAAAUGUGUCGCUCUUGCAAUAUAUUAUCACAUCAAAAACAGGGACCCAGAUGGAAGGAUGCUCUUAGAUAUUUUUGAUGAAAAUCUUCACCCUCUUUCGAAAUCCGAAGUGCCACCAGAUUAUGACAAACACAACCCAGAGCAGAAGCAGAUUUACCGGUUUGUUCGGACACUGUUCAGUGCUGCUCAGCUGACGGCUGAAUGUGCCAUCGUCACCCUGGUGUACCUUGAAAGACUUUUAACAUACGCAGAGAUAGAUAUCUGUCCGGCCAACUGGAAGCGGAUUGUUUUAGGGGCGAUCCUGCUGGCCUCCAAGGUGUGGGAUGACCAGGCUGUAUGGAAUGUGGAUUACUGCCAGAUCCUGAAAGACAUCACGGUGGAGGACAUGAACGAGCUAGAGCGACAGUUUCUUGAAUUGCUGCAGUUCAACAUCAAUGUUCCUUCCAGUGUCUAUGCCAAGUAUUAUUUUGAUCUUCGUUCUCUGGCAGAAGCGAACAACCUGAGCUUUCCCUUGGAGCCCCUGAGCAGGGAGAGGGCUCACAAGCUUGAGGCCAUCUCUCGCCUCUGCGAGGACAAGUACAAGGACCUAAGAAGAUCCGCGAGGAAGCGCUCAGCCAGUGCAGACAACCUGACUCUGCCCCGGUGGUCCCCAGCCAUCAUCUCUUAACUACGGAGGCCCGCCGGAGGCCACACCAUCCCUUAGUUUCUCCUUUAGUUUGAGAAAAGACAGACUUGGGGUGGGUUUGUUUUUGUUUUUUCUCUCCUUUUCUUUUUUAACGCAUAGCUCUGUCAAGCUGCCUGGAUGAGCGCCCAUGCAGCAAGGCUUGGAGGAAGCGUCAGUGCCCUGGAGAUCCCAGCUGGCUCUCCCCACUGUCAGCAACAGCACUUCCUUCGUGGAGGAAGUGGACUCGAAUCCUGGAGGAGGAAAUAAAGGGAAAGGGAAGUCGUGGAGAGGCAGGGAAAACGGUUAAGCGGCCCGGCCCUCUGGAGUCCCCGUGGGGGCGGUAGGCGAAGUUGGCGAGCGCAGCGGUGGAUGCAGAGCUGGCUGCACCCAGGGCUGGGCCAGUGUGUCCUGUAAGACUUCUUGCAUUCCUUCUGCUGCUUUUUUGGGAUGGGGGUAUUUUUGUUCAUUUGUUUUUGCCCUGUUUUGAUUUUGGUCCCACAGAGCAGGGGAUGUAGUUUGUACCCACCAUGGCGCAGACUUCCAAAUAAAUAGUACUGGUCAUUUCUCUCCGCA